UCUUACAGUUGCGUCGUCAGCUGGCCCCACUCAGUCCUGUCGGGUGUUGGCCACCAAUCGCGGAGACCGACACGCUCGCUUUCGCACUCAGCCACAUUUAAUUAAGACCUGACAGCUUCAGCAGCUUCAGCUAAUGGAGCUUGGUUGAUUGACGGCGUCAAGGAGCACGCGGGGCUCAUCGCACUCAUGUGAGAGUUGCGAAAUCGGUGGUCUCAUCGUGGAGCAAGAGACGUACCACGUCAAUGAUCGAAACCCGAAAUCCACCUAUCGCCGCAAUGGUCCGCAACUCAGCCGCAAGCCCCCACAACGCCCAAAGGGACAUUCCUCUAUCCUCCUUGCCAGGCGAAGUAGCACAUCGCAGUCACCCAAACAACUCGUUUCUGCUAUUCCGUCAUCGAACCGCAAUGUCCAUCUGUACAUAGUACCAAUGACAGAAAUAUGAACUCGAGCUCGAGCUGCGCAUCCUGCGCUCUGGUCGCGUCAGUAGUGGACAAGUCCUAUACUUCGUCCAGCACUGUCUCCCAAAGGAAACUCCAGCCUGUCAUAGGGACGUUCUUGGAGCUCGAGCAAAACCAGACAUGCGAGGUUUGCAAGUUUGUCGUAUUCAAAUUGAGGGAAGACCCAAGACGUGAUGGCUAUCUGCCUGAUUGUGCAGUGACAUUCUGGCAAUGGAGCGAGCCGAUGGAGUACACGUGGAGCUAUGGCCCGCUCGAGAACGAGGAUGGCAACUGCACAACUUGUGAUCAGGACCACAGAGGGUUCAGGUUGAUCGAUUUCGCAUUGCCGAGUCCAAAAUUCGGCUACUUUGUCGAGCCCGACUCCAACUGGAUCGACUUAUGCCGAGUCAGAGAAUGGUCUAGCCAUUGUGACUCUACGCACGCGGGUCUAUGUCAUACAUUGACAGAAUGGGCAGAUGUAGCACCGCCGUCGUUAGCGCCUCUCCUUCUUGUCGAUGUGAAUGCAAGAUGCAUCGUGGAGAUUGAUGUGUCCGCGAACCUCAGGACCAAGUACGCGGCACUGAGCUAUGUCUGGGGUCGUCUUCCCAAUGUACUAGAGGCAACAAGAUCGAAUCUGGGCCAUCUCAAAAUGCCGGGCGCACUCUCGCUCACAGAUUUUAGUGACACUCUCCCAGCAACAGUCCGUGAUGCCGUAGCACUUACAAGAAGCCUCGAUUUAGACUACUUGUGGGUCGAUAGACUCUGCAUCGUUCAGGAUGAUCCUGCUAGCAAAUCAUUGCAGCUCGCGCAAAUGGGUGCUAUAUACGCUAAUUCAUACAUGACUCUUGUGGCAGCUGAUGGCACUGACGCGAAUUACGGGCUUCGUGGCUCCGUGAGGGGCGUAUCUCAGCCUCGAGACUUCCAGUUGCCAGUGCUCACGUACAAGCCAGAUGGUGAAAGUCUUAUCGUGGAACCCGUGUUUGAGCUCGACUUCAAUGCACCAGAGUGGCAACGUCGUGGCUGGACGUUUCAGGAGAGAACGCUGUCUCGCCGUAACCUUGUUUUCCAGGAGGGCCGCGUUUUCUGGGAGUGCCCCGGAGUAGUGUGGACGGAGGAAUUGGCGUACGGUCCUCGCACAACAUCGCAAGACUUUCGGUGGCAGAGGGGUAAGCCGUCGUCCUGGCAGAGGAGCAAGCCAUCAUCCUACCAGCUCAAGAUGAGUCGGUGGCCCGAUCUGGGCCAGUACGAAAUGCUUGUACUAGCUUACAACAUGAGAGUCCUGUCGUUUCCUAGCGACGGGCUAAAUGCAUUCGUGGGCAUUUCCACUGCUCUAUCCCGCUCUUUUAGGGGUGGUUUGCUUUACGGCGUUCCAGAGUACUACUUUGACAUAGCCAUGCUCUGGUUUCCGUUUUCUCCUAUCCAUCGUCGGCUCGUUAACGAUCGAGUAGACUACACUCUCCCGAGCUGGUCUUGGGUGGGUUGGGCAGGAGGUAAUAUCAAUUUGAGCAUUCUACCACAACUUCAGCGCCGCGCCGACGCCACAAUGGGGCUUGAGGAGGAAAUAGAUAACGGGUAUCACGACGCAGUAAAAAUGAAGAACGAUAAGUAUAUUUCUCUACCUAAGGGCUGGUCUCGCAUUGCUAUGACUGAGGGGAAUGACAUCGGUCAAGGAUUCAAGCAUGAUUCUAUACCAGACACAGUUUUCACGUGGCCACUACACGUGCCGGAGCACCCCUUGCCCCCAUCGCUGGUACAAUGGAAUCCUCGUCUUAGAUUCCAAACCACUCGAGCAUUUCUCUUCGUAGGGUCUCGUCUUCGGCAUAAUUGGGAGGGCAACUCAUGGAAUGCCGCAACAAAUAUGGCUGUCCCGAUUGCCUCGUCAUAUAACAUUCGAGAUAUGUCAGGAGCUUGGGCAGGAGUCUUGUACUCGAACGGCUCCGACACGAUUCCCGCAGCUGAGAAUCAGCGCUGCGAGUUCAUUGUCAUUUCCGGUGGAGUGACUUCCAAGGACACCGUCGACGACCAUAAUGGUUUGGAAGAAUGGGCGCAGACUCCUGAGAUUCAAGACUUGGAGACGUAUGAGUUUUUCAAUGUUCUCUGGAUAGAGUGGGUCGACGCCAUUGCAUACCGUAAGGGCCUGGGCAGGAUCUGGCAAGAGGCUUGGAAACGGCAACACAGAGAGGAAUUAGAGGUAGUCCUUGGCUAAAGAUCAAACGUCUUAACGGCCAGAUAUACCCACGUGCGUUGAUCUCUCGGAAAAGUUUCAAUCGUAUUAUUAGCAAUUCAUGCAUCACGACUUAAAACUCAUUGGCG